AUGCAAAAGAAACAUUCAAGAUCUUAUGAUGACGAUAACGAAAAUUCAUAUGACCUUGAAAAGAAUGGAAAGCGGAUAAAACUUGAUAAUUUAUUACUGGAAUUAUCAUUAGAUGAAAACACCACAAACCACGAGCCAAAGAAGACUACUACUCAAUCAUUUAUAGAAAAUAAAUCAUCGAAACUAUCACAUCAAUCUGAUUUCGUGGUAAACCCAUCUUUAAAUUUGAAGUCGUAUUCCGUAUAUAAGAAAUCUUCAUCCCCACCAGCGACGAUCAAUUCUCCAAAUAUUAAUUCCUAUGUUAUGGAAAGGUUAGUUCAGCAUUUUCAUACUGUUUAUAAUUCCAAAUCAGCGUUGAUACAAUACUACAAACCUCAUUUUGUUUUGAGCUACCAUUUUGAAAAUUGGGUAAUAAGACUAUUCAACAGAUUUAUCCGAAAAUACAAUAAAAGAACUAAUGGAGUUCAGAUAAAAAAGUUCACCUUCUAUUCCAAGAUCAUGAAUUUAAUAAAUCUGAAAGAUAUUAAUUUUACCUUCAAUGAUUUAUUACACAUUUUGGAACAAGAAAAUAAACUAGAGGCACUAAGAUUGAAUAAGAAAAGAAAAAAUAAGAAAGUAAAAGAUAGUACUACCGACGAGGCUGAUGAUAAAAUUUUUGAAAGUAUAAAAUAUAAUUAUUGGGAUACAUUAAGGGAGGUAAAUAAGGAUUUUGAAAUGAUCGACGAAUUAUCUCUUGAUACUUCUGAUACAGAUAAUCCAAAGUUAUACGAAAUUGUAGAUCCUAUGCAUAGCUAUGAAAAUCUGGAAGAUUCAGAUAUUGAUAUGGAAACAUAUGCGCCUUUCGAUCAGAAUUAA